GAGACGUGGCCUCCCCGCGCCCACGCCUUUGAUGGCGCCGCCGCCCCCUCCCCGGCCCCGGGUGGCUAUAACUGAAGGAGCACGGGGGUCACGGGAGGUGUCCGGGAGCCAUGGCCGCAGCAGGGUCCCAACAACUCCAGUUUGCCGAGGGUGCUGCUUUCCCCGCCUUCCCGGCCGCGCACCUCGGAGGACCGCUGCUUCCAUCCACGCGCCCUGCCGCCGGGCUGCCCCCUGCGCCCCAGGAUCCCCGCGCUCCAGCGGCCACGCCGUGCUUUCCAAGCGGAAGCCCGGGACCCGCAGCGCAGAACCCCGCCGGCCUGGAUCCGCCCGGGCCCCCCAAAGGCGCGGCUGCCCCGUCGGCGCCCCAGCGCCGCAAGCGCACAUCGUUCAGCUCCGAGCAACUGCAGCUGCUGGAACUCGUCUUCCGCCAGACCAUGUACCCCGACAUCCACUUGCGGGAGCGCCUAGCGGCGCUCACGCUGCUCCCCGAGUCCAGGAUCCAGGUGUGGUUCCAGAACAGACGGGCCAAGUCCAGGCGCCAGAGUGGGAAGUCAUUGCAGCCCUUAUCAUCCAGGCAGGAAGUGUUCCUCCAGCGCUCUGCUCCUGGGACUGAAGCGAGAUGUUUGAAGCCCCAGCUGCCUCUGGAGGCAGCAAUGAACUGCCUUCCCGACGCCAGCAGGGCUGGAGGAGGCCUCUGUGCGGCUGGUUCUCAAGGUCAGAGUUUUGACACCUAUUCCCCUGUCUCCGAAGAUAUCUGCUCAAAGUUGGACUCGUGGGAAGAACAUAUCUUUUCUGCCUUAGGUAAUUUUUGAGGAUUCUGGGAGAGUUCACAAUGUACUCAGAGGGGUCCGGGAGAUACGGACCAGAACGCUACCCCAACCCUGACUGGCCAUGGCCUUGUUGAUGAUGCUUCUGGAUUUUUUCUCUUGAAGGUUUCUCCUCUUCACCGUGAGCCUUUACCCGUGGCUUGUUCUCAGUAGCCACCCAUCCUUCCACUCAGGGGUACCUGUAAAUCUCCAAGUCUGCGCAUUCAGUUUGGUCCAUAACCCCCUGUUCUAUUCUAAUUGUUCAGACUGAUCGUUCAGAACUUGUUUUCUUCGUCAGGACCUUCAGCUUGAUUCAAUUUCCCCCUCUCCUUGGCAGCUGCUGUCUUCUCAUGGCCCCUCCAGGACCUUCAAUCUAGUCACUCAUUCUACCACAUCCCAACUCUACCCUAAUAACCCAAAUUUAUCACCCUUUUUACGGAGUCCUUUUUGUUUUGUUCUUGACCUUGCUGUGUAGGUAAGGAGGAAGGACCCUGAGCUCCUGUCCUCCUUCCUUCGUCUUCUGAGCACUGGGACUGCUAGUGUGCCAACACGACUGGAGGCUGCUGUUUUUGUUUAAAAUUGUAUGAUGUACAACAGUAUAUCCAAAUCCAGCUGUUUGACACACGUAUGACCUCACUUACAUGUAUGACCUUUUUCUGUGGUGACACUUAGAAUCCAUUACUUUAGCCACUUUCAAGGAUAUGACAUGUUGUUGCUAAUUAUAGCCAUUUCCAUAGAUCUCUUUAACUUAUUCUUCCUACCUGAAACUCUGCAUCCUGGCCAGGGUCCCCUGCCCCUCACUUGACUGGUGUUUCAUCUGGCCUGCCAUCUCAUCCUUCCUCCCUCAUCAGGAAGGACAUUACAUUCAAGUUCUUUAAGGAGCCCCAUGUCUCUCAUUCCCCACUCACUCAGAAAAGAAAUGGCUCUGUUUAGAAGUCUGUGGUAGCCUCCAGAUUGUAGAAUCCUUUCAAGCAUGCUCCCAAUAAAUGCACCAUCCUUAGCUUACACAAACCUUAAAAUCAUCCACCCACAGUAUGCUUCUCCGUCUCACUCAUUCCAUUCUGGUUGGGACUCAGUGAAAAAAGUUCCUUUUUCAAAACAGCUCAGACUCCCACCUUUCGGAAACCUAAACUUUGUCUAAGCAGUAUUAAUGUUUGUACCGGUUACUUUGACCACCAUUUUUCUUAGCACUUGUUAUUAUGUUUCCGGUGCAACAGGAGUGGAUUACUAAAUGUUUCUCACUAGUGUCCUCACAUAGAAACGAACCCUGUUAGGGGCAGCUCUUAACCAUCGUGCCUCGGUGCACAGCUGCCGAGCACAUACUGGAUGGCUGUGAAAAAAACAUUUUCAAGGGAAGUUUCUGUAAGUACAGUGCAUUGAGAAUUUAAAUUAAAAGCUUAUUUGCUGGGCCGUUGAGGUGGCUCAGCAGGGGUAAACAUGUUUGCCACCAAGCCCGACGACCCGAGUUAGAUCCCCAGCGUCUACUGUGGAAGGAGAGAAGUGAUUCCCCAACCUGGCUUCUGACUUCCACACGGGUGCUGUGGU